GGUAGUUCUUGUCCUAUGUUCAUGUUUUCCGUUUUGCUUCCCCUUGGUCUCAUCAUGGUCGUCCGCCCGCCUAAAAAAAAAGGUCCAAACAGCCUACAAGUGAUAUUUUCUCCCAGUACUGACAGCUGUAUUAGUUUAACAGAAGAGGCCCAAAGUGAUGCAGUUUUAAAUUGUGACAGAAGAUGGGAGCGAGCGUCUGUCGCUGUUUUAAAUUCACUACAGGCUGCACUCGGCUCUUCUUGAAAGGCAUGUGACGCAAUAAAAACAAGAUGUACGACACAUCCACACUCGCGGAUCAGGCCUGUACGCGCGUGUCUGGAACCGUAAUGGCCGCCGCGCAGCUCAGUUGCGCUGUUUGUUUUGCUUCGUUGGCUCAACCCCCCGGGGGGUGGGGCCGCUGCGGGGCUAAAGUCACGUGAUCCAGGCAAAGCCAAGCUGACCAAUUCCAAUAUGGUGGCCAGCCUGGCAGGUCUACGGUUCCUGUUGAUGAUAGUGUUGUUCUGCGGAAUCAGGUACGGCGCCUGCAGCCAGAAAGCUCCGCAGGUUUUGGGGCUGCGACUGGAAGAACCAGUGGAUCCGCUGUGCAUGAAGGGUCGUAUCAUUUCAGUACCAAAAGGAGCCACGUUUAAGCUCCGUCUCUUCGGGUGUAAUCUGAAUGGAAGCUUGCCGUCGGUCGAGUUCGCAGGGGCAGCUGGCGGAGCGGCUGGAGCUGUCGGUGAUACACUGGACCCUUGCGAGCAGCAGUCCAACCGCCAGGACUCCAAGUUAAAGGUGACCAAUUUAGAACUCGACGAUGCGCACAGCGUGCUUCUAACUGUGGAGGUUCGCACCUCUGAGGGGGAAGCUGGCAACGAGCAGACAUACUACCACCUGUGUGUGUGGAGUGGAGAGAAAUGGACAUCUACGGGUCUGGACAGACUGCGAAUAAACACCGACACGGAUCUGCCUGCAGACUACAUCCCGCCGUGGGGUCUGGCCGUACUGAUAGUGCUUGUGCUUAUGAUCUGCGGAUUGCUGAGGACGGUGAACCUGAGCCUUUUGUGGCUGGACCCAGUCGAGCUUUAUGUCCUACACAGCUGUGGAUCCGAGGAGGAGAAACGAGCCGCCAAACGGCUGGAGCCGAUCAGGAGAAGGGGGAACUUCAUGGCAUGUUCUUUGUUGUUCCUGUGUGCUCUGGGGCACUCUGUCCUCGGUGUGCUCCUGUACCGGGCACUGGGCUCCAUCGCCUCUGCGGUGUUCAACAGCGGCUUCCUUAUCUUCUUCCUAGCUGAGCUGGCUCCUCACAUCUUGUGCUCCGGUUACGGCUUCCAGCUAGCGCCUGGUCUGACCUGGCUGGCCCAGGUUUGCAUGGUGCUUACCUGCCCCCUGUCUUGCCCUCUGGGCUUGAUUCUGGAUCUAGGGCUGAGGAGAGACAUCAGCACCUGUGGGAUAAGGGAGAGGGCCAUGGAGAUGAUACGGGCAAACGUGAAUGAUCCUUACAGUGAGUUUGUAAAGGAGGAGUUCAGUCGUGGGACAUUGCGCAUUAAGACUGUGGAGGACAUCCUGACACCUCUGAAAGACUGCUUCAUGCUGCCUAGCUCGGCUGUCCUAGACUUCUCCACUAUGUCUGAGAUAAUGCAGAGUGGUUACACCCGUGUGCCCAUUUAUGAGGAAGAGAGGUCUAACAUUGUGGAAAUCCUUUAUGUGAAAGACUUGGCUCUGGUUGAUCCAGAAGACUGCACCCCAAUGACGACUAUCACCAAGUUCUACAAUCACCCUCUGCACUUUGUGUUCAAUGAUACCAAACUAGAUGCCAUGUUGGAGGAAUUCAAAAAAGGCAACUCUCACAUGGCCAUCGUCCAGAAGGUGAACAAUGAGGGAGAGGGAGAUCCUUUCUAUGAGGUGCUGGGUUUGGUCACUUUAGAGGAUGUCAUAGAGGAGAUAAUCAAGUCGGAGAUCCUGGAUGAAUCUGAUGGCUACUUAGACAGGAAAGUAAAGCGUCCCCUCACUCCACUGGAGAUUCCUCUGGAGCCUCGCAGCACCCAUGAGGAAUUUUCUCUUUUCAAGCCUCCUGAAGGAGAACCCAAGAUCCGCACUUCACCACAACUCCUGCUGGCCACACACCGCUUCCUGUCCAGAGAAGUGGAACACUUCAGCCCAGCACGUGUAUCUGAGAAGGUCCUGUUCCACCUGCUCCGUCACCCCAGUGUCAACCAGGAAGUGCACUUUGACCCUAACAACCGUCUGAGCCCAGCACAUUAUCUUUACACCCGCAACCACCCAGUGGACUAUUUCAUCCUUCUGCUGCAGGGCCGUGUUGAAGUGGAGAUUGGCAAAGAGGGGCUGAAGUUUGAAAAUGGAGCAUUUACAUACUACGGCGUGUCUGCUUUGACGCUGCCAUCUUCAGUGCACCAGUCUCCGGUGUCAACUCAGCGUCACUCUCCCAGGGAUCCUUUUGAGUCAGCAGAAGCCACGAGCCCAUCCAGCUAUUGCCCUGACUACACCGUCCGAGCUCUCACGGACCUCCAGCUCAUACGAGUGACACGUCUACAGUAUCUGAACGCUCUCAUGGUGUCACGUGCCGGCCAGAGUCCAGAUCCUCCUGAGAUCAAGAUUUUGCCGAACAGUCAGACCAAGCUGCUCAAUGACAGAAACACCACGCAAGAGUUCCCUGUAAACUUUUCAUUCUUUGAUACCAUUGAGAACUACUGUUAACAGUUUUGUUUUGUUGCAUGAGAUUCCACAGGUGGCACCAGAGCCCAGGAGAGCUCCACAGAAGAAGAGGCUCAUGGGUAGUGCAGUUUCUGUCAGCCUGUUGUUUGGGGGGAGAAAAAAAAAAAAAAAAGCCCUCCUCCGACCAAGUAGAGAUUGGUUUUUAUAUUAUUGUUUGUAAUUAUUGAUAAAUCAUCUAUGGCUGGAACCUAGUUAUUGGACAAGGCUGGAGUGGAAGUGCUUUUUGUCUUUUAUGUACAUCUACUGUUCACACUGUUCAUUUCCACCCACAUUCCUUUAUGUGCUUACUAUUGGAAUUAUUAUUUCAUGCAAUUUUUAAUAACUUUGGACUAUGUGUGUGCAUGUUUAUGUAUAUACAAAUAAAAAUGUGGUGUAGCAGGAAAAAGUAUAUGGAUCCUUUGGAAUGACCUUGUUUCUAUUUGGAUUCAUUAUAAAGUGUCAUCUGAUCAUCUUCUUUGUCAGAAGCGCAAUGUGCUUCAAUCAGCAAUACAAAACUAUGUGUCUCUGAAAGAAGAGCUUCCUGUAGCUGCAGGUCAAACUUGCACUGAAUUAUGGAAAACUCUUUCCCUGCAUUGUGCAAGUCAUUCAUUUGUGGGGUGUUUUUUUUUUUGGUUGUUGUUUUUUCUUUUUUUUUUUUUUUGUUAUUUUAAAAACUGUGGGCUGAUACAAAAUGCAAAUAUCUCCAAAGGGUUCCAUUGCUGUUUCUUGCCACUGAGUAUACAUUUUAAUCUGGUGGUGCCUUACUUCCAGAUUGAGCCUUCUGUACUAAACUUGUUUUGCCAUUCCUUACUUUUGCCUGUCUGGUGCCAAAGCUAUAUAUGUAUAUGUAUAUGUGUGUGUGUGUGUGUGUGUGUGUCUGUGUGUCUGUGUGUCUGUCUCUGUCUCUUUAUUGAUAUGUCCGUCCCUUUGAGACAUUAAAAACACUCGAUAGUGGGUUCUAAGCAGAUUUGCACCUUACAUUUGUGCACUGUGGAAGAUAUUAAACUAUUUGGCAAGAUGCGAGGUACGUCCGAAUUUUUCAAUUCAUUUAACAUUGAUGCCAUACACAGAAGUAUGUGUAUGUGUGUGUUGUUUUUCAUCUUUGAGUCUUGGGUGAUUGCUGAUGGGUGGUUUUUCUGCAAAUAUGGAGAAACAUCUAGGGUCUAGUUCUACUACCAUAGACCUUGGAUCCAUAGCAAAGGUUUCUUGAAGCUUGACUGAUUUUUCACAAAUUCUGGAUAUAAUGUUUUGUCAGGGUAGAAAUCAUGGCUAACACAACACCGGCCUUUUGAAAGAAUUCUAGAAACAUUUUGUUGAGUAAAGAGGUUAACAGUGUAGACCCGUAGAGCUCAGGUGCUGUUGAUUGUUACUAUAUACAUAGAAGUGACUGACCUUUCUGCUAGUUUAUCCCGUUGUUCUCUUUUUAUCCCAAACUGACAAGUCAAAUUGAAACAUGCCUUACUGUGAGACUAAAUACAGUGUGGUUUCUCCAAAAAAAGAAUAUAAGAACAGAACAUUGAAAAAUAAUUCAAUAUGAAACUGAGGAUGAAAAGAUGCAAAAGGAUUUCCAAAUUGAUGUCACAAGAUGAUAAACACUCAUUUGUCAUAUCUUUUAUUACUUACAAUGGGACACUACAAUGCAUCACACAUUCACCAUAAUCACUCUGACAUGAUGGAAUGGAGAUUUGAUAGUCUAAGAGAAGGAAUUUUAUUUGGCACCCCACGCAGUUAGACAUCUUACAGUGUUAAUGUUUAAAGGGACCUUACCACAAGACUAAACACCUGUUAGUGUUAAUAAUGUUUGAGACCUUUAUAGAAAUCAGUGCUCUCUAAUCUUGAUGACGACAGCCUUUCUGCUGUGAUUGGUUAUUAUGCCUUCAGGCAUGUGUAAUUAAGUAUGUGCGAUAAAUUCAGAGAAAAGGACUAUAGAAAUUCAACCAAUAUAGAGGUCCUUGCAUGACAUCUAGCAAAAGGCCAACAGCACACCUAACAGAGGGGGGUUUUCGACAAAUCCUGAUUGGUCGAAGAAUUAGCUUUUACAGAAAGACUGCCACUACAGAGUUUACCAUAAAGGGGAAGAAAUCCAGAAAGUAUCAAAGCUAAAAAAAAUACUAAUGAGAAGCAUAGACAUUUAUAUGAACAAAUUAUAUAUAUCCAAAUGUAGACAAUUUUGAGGGGUUUUUUAGGUUGUUAUUUUUUCCCCCUCAGUCUCCAAACAAAACUCCAGACUCGUGGUUUGUACUUGUACUUUGACUUUUGGAGCAGAAGUACAAAGUAUCAAACUUUAGGUUGCAGCUUUUCAGGUCUCA